AUUACAUCCAUCAAAUCUAUAUCUUGUUAAUCAAUCAUCUCCUCCUACUAAAAUGAAGACCAAGUUCAUCAAGUCCUGCCAAAAGAAACUAAAGAAGAUGACAGUCACAACACCUUGUAAGUUUUGCGAAAGAAUUUGCUUGGCGUUCAAGAGGGGAGCUGAGGUGAUACCAAAAGAUGUCCCUAAGGGACACUUGGUUGUCUAUGUAGGUGAGGAGUCCGUGAGGUUUGUGAUUAAGAUCAGCUUACUUGCACACCCACUCUUCAAGGCACUGCUGGAUCAAGCACAGGAUGCUUAUGGUUUCAGUGCAGACGCCAGACUAUGGAUUCCAUGCGAUGUGAGCACCUUCCUCGAUGUUGUCCGUUGUGCUGGUUCUCCACAGUAUCAGAACAGUUGCAUGUGUAUCUAGGAAGUUUCUUCAGGGAACUCAAGACGUUAAUUGAUUGAUCCGAUUCCACGUUUGAAUAAUAAGCUAUAGCUGUACACCAAUAAUGUAAAACUUUUUUGGAUUGAACUAGGGGUUUGAAUGCGCCUAGCA